CCAACACCAACACCUUUGGCAAUGUCAGGGUUACGGACGAAUACUUAAAUUUCUUAUUCAGCUUCAGCCUGACUCAUCACUCAGUUCGGACUCGGACUUCGCUUACGAUCUUUGACUUCUAUUGUCUUGGCAAUAUCAACAGGGUCAGGACCUUGGGCGUCCGUUGGAUCACUGAUAUCGACUUGAGCCGUCCUUCAGAGGAUGGGUUUGAGAAGAACCACGCCACACUAUUUUCUUCGUCAUGAUGAUACUCGGUGACGCUAUCGUGAUAUUUAGAUGUUGUGUGUUCCCUCAGCAGCACCGGUAGGCCAAGCGUCUUUGCAUGCUAGUACUCACAGCCAAUGACAAUGUAUGCCAUACGACACCUGCCCUGACAUUUUCCCGACGAUCCGUCAUCCCACUCUCUAUGGCACCCCCAGAAUCCCCCUUCAAAAUAUUCAUCCCGGACGACAAGCUCAAGCUCCUCCAACAAAGACUUGCUUUGGUUACAUUCCCAGACGAGCUUGAAGACUCGGGAACGAAGUAUGGCGCGCCGCUGAAAGACAUCCAGCGACUGGUGACUCGGUGGAAAGACGGCUUUGACUGGCGGGCUCAAGAAGCCACUCUCAACGCGGAGCUCCCUCAGUUCACCCGUGAUAUCGACGUCGAGGGUUUUGGGGUGCUAAACAUUCAUUAUGUGCACAAGAAGAGCGAAGUCGAAGAUGCUGUGCCGUUACUUUUUGUCCAUGGAUGGCCGGGAAGCUUCAUCGAAGUACGAAAGAUUCUCCCGCUGUUGACAGCGUCGUCGCCGGAACAUCCGAGCUUCCAUGUCGUUGCGUUGAGCUUGCCUGGAUACGGGUUCUCAGAGGCCAGCAAAAAGCAAGGCUUUAGACUUGCGCAAUAUGCUGAGGUCGCUCACAAGCUUAUGCUAGCUCUCGGUUACCACGAAUAUGUUACUCAAGGUGGAGACUGGGGAUCCUUCAUCACUCGAAAAAUCGCCCUUGUCUAUGGUGGCAAGCAUAGCAAAGCCUGGCACACCAAUGCAGCUACGGGCCGAGCUCCGACACUUUAUGAGCCUAUACUGUACCUUCGCCACCUCUUGACGCCGUAUACAGCCGCUGAGAAAGCCGGGUUGGCGCAGGCACAGAGGUAUAACAAAACAAGAAGUGGCUACUUGGCGGAACAGUCUACUCAGCCCCAAACACUGGGAUACUCGCUCGCCGACUCACCGGUAGGUCUUCUUGCGUGGAUUUAUGAGAAGUUGGUGAGCGGGACGGAUGCGUAUCCUUGGGAUGAUGAUGAAGGACCUACGGCGUCCAUACGCAUCUACUACGAAGUUCUGGGCUCAUCCGACCUGUCCGUGUUGGGACAAAACCCCACUAUUCCCUAUGGCUUGUCGUACUUCCCGAAGGAAGCUAUAACCGUUCCUCGUAUUGGUGGGCAUUUUGCGGCUCAUGAAAAACCUCAAGAAUUGGUUGAUGAUGUGAGGAAGAUGUUUGGAAAGGGAGGGCCUGCAUUUGGGGUUGUUCCUAGGAAGACUAGUUAUAAGUGAGAAAUGCGGGGAGACAUUCGAUAUUCGACUGAUGGGUCUUCCAAGUCGUGACAAUCAGGCCCCCAGGACGAAGCUGUAGUUUGUAUAUGUGAUAUUGGAAUGUAACAGUGUCUUAUCAAGAGUUCCAUUCGUCACGCGGCGCAUCAGC